AUGAACCAGGUGAGCGAGAUGGUCUCGCAGCUCCAGGGUAGCAUGCUAGCCAAGGCAGUGAGGUACCGAACUAUACGCAUACUGCCUGAAGUCAAGAGUAUCAAUGAUGAAAUCGCCGUUCUUAAAAGUAAAGGUAUUAAUGUAUUUUUCUUAAUCAGUCACGUUGGCUUCGACGUGGACAAAAAAAUUGCGGAAGAAUGCCCUGAUCUGGACCUCAUCGUCGGAGGACACACAAACACAUUUCUUUAUACAGGAACACCGCCAGUUGACGACAAAGUGGAAGGACCUUACCCUUACGUACAUAGACGACCGGACAACAGCGUCUGUCUUAUUGUGCAAGCAUACCGUUUCGGAAAAUACCUGGGUUUUCUUCAACUUGAGGUAGAUUCAACAGGGAGAGUACGGAAAUGGGAUGGUAACCCUAUUUUGCUUUCCCAAGCGGUUCCUGAAGAUCAAGCCAUAGUGGACUAUUUAUGGCCAUAUAAAAAGAAAGUUGAAAAAGCCGUCGAAAAACCCGUUGGCUCAACUAAAGUGCUGUUGGAGGCUGACAACAAAGUAUGCCGAUACAGAGAAUGUAAUUCAGCAAAUCUUAUGGCCGAUGCUUUUCUCGACUACUAUGCGAACCGAAACAGCACGGUGCCUGGAGCCUGGUCCAUCGUAAACGCCGCCGUCAUCAAUGGAGGCAGUGCUAAGAGCUCAAUCCCACAGAAAUGGAACGUACUUCUGGGUGACCUAAUUAGUCUCAUGCCAUACGACAACGAACUCGUGCUCCUUAAUAUAAGCGGAUACGAUCUCCUGCAUAUGUUUGAGCAUGGCGUCGCCAAGUUUACUUGGCACCCCGACUUGGAAGGAAGAUUUCUUCAAGUAUCUGGCAUGAGGGUCGUCUACAAUUUCAAUUUUCCUAGCCACCAUCGUGUUGUCUCGUUGAAGAUAUUGUGUGCGAACUGCAGCGUGCCCGAGUAUGAAGAGGUCAAGGGAGAAAACAUGUACCGCAUUGUGACGACCGCAUUUAUCGCAAAUGGUGGUGACGGAUUCCACUUCAACGAAACCGCCAAAAAGCACACAGAAGGCAUCAGCGCAUUCGAUGUGUUUGAACAGUACUUCAUCAAGAUGUCGCCUAUCAAGACACCUGUGGAGGGCCGAGUCACUGUAAAGCACCUUCCACCGAAAGGAAACGUACACGCAAGAGCACCUCGUAUUUCAUAUUUAAGAAAUCCAUUUCCACUGGUUAGACUUCAAUAAAUGAAUGAAUGAAUAUAAACUGAACACCCGAGCAUCAUGCGUGAGGAGAAAGCGUUCCACAGAAAUACCGCCACAGACAUAUACCUACAAUUUACAUGUGUCGUCGCAUUAAAUAGUGUUACGGGGAAUAAAGUAUAUACUGGC